AUGGCGGACGAGCCGGACAUGGGGGAAAUCGCCAGCUUCGGUAAGGCCAAGCUGAAGAAAAUGGAGACGCAAGAGAAGAACGCCCUGCCGACCAAAGAGACCACUGAGCAGGAGAAGCGGAGUGGAAUUUCCUAA